AAUCAGCGCUAACCACGAACACGCACACAAAAAUAUUGUUAGUGUAUCAAUAUAAUUCGCACAUUUGCCAGCAAAGUUCGAAGAUAAGAAUUAAAUCAAAUCGUAUAAAUUAUGAAAAUAAAUAACUACAUUAAAUAAGUGAGGACUUAAAAUUUCAACGAUGAGAACUUUAGCCUUUAUCUUGCUGGUGCAAAUUGCAUUUUGCCUGUUAAGUGUCGCUUUUGCGGGUCGAGAUUUCUACAAAAUUCUUAAUGUAAAAAAGUCGGCCUCAACAAAUGAAAUUAAAAAAGCAUACAGAAAACUUGCAAAAGAACUGCAUCCAGACAAAAACAAGGAUGAUCCCUCAGCUUCUGAGAAAUUUCAAGAUUUGGGUGCGGCGUAUGAAGUACUAUCCGAUCCGGACAAAAGAAAAACAUAUGAUCGAUGUGGCGAGGAAUGUCUUAAAAAAGAUGGAAUGAUGGAUCAUGGAGCAGACCCUUUCGCCAGUUUCUUUGGUGAUUUUGGUUUUCACUUUGGUAACGGUGAUCCACAUGAACAUCAAACUGCUCGCGGAGCCAAUAUUGUAAUGAAUUUAUAUGUGACUUUGGAAGAGUUGUAUUCUGGCAACUUUGUAGAAAUUGUUCGAAACAAGCCGGUGCUAAAACCGGCUUCCGGUACACGUAAGUGUAACUGCCGUCAAGAAAUGGUAACUCGCAAUUUGGGUCCCGGCCGUUUCCAAAUGAUACAGCAAACGGUAUGUGAUGAAUGUCCAAACGUUAAACUUGUCAAUGAGGAGCGUACAUUAGAAGUUGAAGUUGAAGCAGGUAUGGUAGAUGGGCAAGAAACACGUUUUGUGGCCGAAGGUGAGCCCCACUUGGAUGGAGAGCCCGGCGAUCUUAUAAUUAAAAUUAUGCAAACUCCGCAUAAGAGUUUCCAAAGAAAAGGUGAUGAUUUGUACACAAACGUUACAAUAAGUUUACAGGAUGCGCUUAUUGGAUUUACUAUGAACAUCACACAUUUGGAUGGACACGCUGUGAGCAUUACUCGAGAAAAAAUAACGUGGCCAGGUGCACGGAUUCGUAAGAAGGGUGAAGGUAUGCCAAAUUAUGAAAAUAAUAAUUUGCAAGGCAAUCUUUAUAUUACAUUCGAUGUGGAGUUUCCAAAGAAAGAGUUGACCGAUGCCGAAAAAGAAGAUCUUAAAAAAAUACUUGAUCAGGCGUCCAUUAACAGGGUGUACAACGGGCUGUGAAAUUAAUUCGCUGAUAAUUUUUAGUUAUUUAAAGAACAUCUUGUCUAAAAUGUUUUUAGACAAGCGAACUAGUAAUAUUUAAAUUGUAACAUAUAUUUUGAACUUUAAAAUUAAGUUAUUUUUUAACGUCAGCUUAAAUAGAUUCAAUUGAAAUAAUGAAAUUAAAUUUUAAGUUAUUACAAAAUACCAAAUGAUGCUCCUUACGACGAAAUAUAACAUUUUUGUUUAAA